GGUGGGUCCGAAUCCCGUUUUCCGGCCUUUGUUCUCGCAAAAUCCCGGUGGCUGUACUGUAUAUUUUACAGGGGAGGCCUUUUCCCGGCCCAAAAUAAGGCGAAUCACGGCUCCCGUUUUACCCCUUCCAGGGCCCUCUUGCUUUGGAAGGGGACGGGCGGGGGGUAGCAAUGGGAAUAUGGCCGGUUUCAUAGACAUGACACUGAAAGUUUCUCCGAAAAACCGAUCAGAAAUAAUCCUGAUUUAUUCAAAGUUUUCACUGAUGUUGCAUGCUUGUUCUGUAAGAAUUACUAAUUAUCAUCUGAUAGAUGUCAUAUUUCGUGGUGGAUCGUGCAAGGUCGCGAGCGGCCUGGUGCGAGGUUAAUGACUCGUUGACAAGGAAAAAAGAAAACAAAUUUGAGAGAAGGAAUCAUGGCGUUUCGUAUUAUCAACAUUCUUCUUGCAAGCUUUCUUGCUUUAGCGCUGAUUCUCGUCAUCAGAACUCUUGUAUUCACCUUGAACCGUAAAGUCGAGGAUCCUUGUUUAUCAACUGACGAAGAUUUCAUAACCGCAGACUCAAGUGCUCUCGAGAGAUUCAGCCAAGCUCUCCGUUACAGAACUGUCGCCUGGGGGCCCGGAGAUUACAACCGAACAGAGCUGCUAAAAUUCAAGGAGUUUAUACUCAGAGAAUUCUCCUACGUCUUCCACCAUCCUUUGGUUACCUUUGAAGUGAUUAACAACUACAGCUUGUUAAUCCAGGUCCAUGGUAGCAACAGCACCCUGAGGCCGUACAUGAUAGCCAGUCAUCUAGAUGUGGUACCUGCACCAGGAUCAUGGGAUGUGCCCCCAUUUGACGGGCGUGUCAAGGAUGGCUACAUUUGGGGGAGGGGUACACUAGAUGUAAAAAAUGGGGUUAUGGCAUCAUUAGAAGCUGUACAAGCAUUACUCAAACUUGGUCAAAAACCAAAGAGAAGCUUCUACCUUGCAUAUGGACAUGAUGAAGAGGUUCAAGGUGCAGAUGGAGCGCGUAAUAUUGGCAUGCUACUGAAGGCCAGGAAUAUUAAACUCGAGUUUAUCGUUGACGAGGGAAUGGUCAUUGUAAAAAACGUCUUCCCAGGUCUGACCACGCCUUAUGCCAUAAUCGGCGUAGCUGAGAAGGGUUAUAUGAUGGUGGAGCUUAGCGUUCACACUUCUGGAGGACACGCCUCGAUGCCCCCCAAGGAGUCCAGCAUCGGCAUCCUCUCAAAGGCUAUAGCCAGGCUCGAGUCGUGUCCAUGUCCAGCUCAUCUGUCGGGCCAAGUUCGCUCGUUUUUUGAGGAACUUGCGCCAAAGGUAUCGUUUCCAAUUCGGAUUAUUCUGGCGAACAUUUGGCUCUUCAAGUUCCUUCUGAUCAGUGUUCUGGGAGAGACUCCUUCAACAAACAGUAUGAUCCGUACCACAACUGCCGUGACCAUGUUCAAGGCGGGAGUUAAGGGUAACGUUAUCGCUCCAGACGCUACUGCAACUGUUAAUCAUAGAGUGCAUCCGGAAAACACCAUUGGUGAGGUGGUUGAACAUGACCGCAAGUGUAUCGGUGAUAACCGGGUUCAUCUUCGUGUGACUGCCUCGCAGGACCCCUCUCCCGUCUCGUCCUGGGACAGCCAUGCCAUUGGAUAUCAGGCGAUCGCGCAGAGCGUACGUCAGGUGUUCCCGGGUGUGGGCGUGGCUCCGGGCCUUAUGAUUGCCAACACGGACACAAAGCAUUACCUACACCUCACGGACGCCGUGUACAGAUUCAUGCCAUCACUCCUUGAGCCCUCUGAUCUCAAGCGAAUACACGGAGUGAAUGAACGCAUAGGCGUCAAAAACUACGAGCAAACUAUUAACUAUUACUACCAUCUUAUACGAAAUACAGACUUGGUCCAUUCUCGGGAUAGGCUCAAAUCGGAAUUAUAACGCAAUAGACUGUUUCGAAUUGGACAGCGUAUAUUCCGGAGCGCGGGGACACUAUAGCUUGAACUUGCGUGUUUCAAGCCAAUACGCGGAACUAAGCCCUCACACAUUUCAACCUUUGGCCAACCCAUCACGUGCAAACUACAUUUGAGUUCACACGAGAAUUCGGCUGUCAUGGAACGUUGCAGGUGAAAGAUAAUGCUGCAAGGGUUGUUGCUCGUUCUGAAAGAUUGACGUAAACCUUUUAUCUUUUAAAAUACUUGAACGGGCCCCUGAGAGCGAGGCAUUAAGACUUUUUUAGAGACCACCCCAAUAUUUAUAUCCGAUGUUGUUCCCUCUCAACGUUCGAUGUACCAUGGAAACUGAAGAGUAGAACACAGAACACCUUUUCCAAAUACUCUUUUAUUCAACAAUCUCAAUCAAACUACAAAUUGAAAACCUGACACAGACACUAUUUGAUAACCUGGAGUCCCUCAUCACUUGCAAACAGUCCCCUAAAAAGCUUUCUCUGAAGGUUGACUCAGCUUUCGAUAAGAGAUGGCACCCCGGCAGUGGACCCAGUUCUAUCAGAAGUGUACCUAUGGAAUGAAACAUGCUCGCUACCCAAGGCAACAAGCAUGUCAACUUUCAUAGGUGUUUACUGUAGGCUCCUGUUUUAGCACCAAGGGAUAUAAACUGAUCUCAGGUGCAGGUAAAGGGCCGACACAAAUUCUAGUAAAAUACAGUUCCCAUUACAGCGCAACCAGUAAAACCGUGAACACCUAAACUAUGUGUGGAAUGACGCAAGAAUUCGGACACUAAGAUUUGUUGAGACAUGAUUCUAGUUAAAUGUUUGAAUAUCUUGCGAGUGAUAGGUGAGAACAAACAUUCCAUUUUUUUCCUGGUGUUCAGUUUUCUUGGUUGCGCUGUAACAUGAGAAACAAAUAGUAGUAAUACAGUUCCAUAAACAUGAGAAACAAAUUGUAAAAUACACCCUAUAAACAUGAGAAACAAAUUGUAGCAAAACACUUCCAUAGCCAUUUAAAUAAACAUGAUAAACAAA